AGGAAGAGGAGGAGGGAGGACAAGAAGGAAGCGCAGCUUCGCCGGGCGUGGAGUUCUGAAUCCUCCUCUCCCUGCCUUCCCCUCCCUUCCUCCGAGCCGCGAUGUUACAAAGCCCGUGAGCUGCUCUUUUCCCAUUCGCCUCCUGUCACUUCCUUCCUGGACGCUUUCAGGACCCAGUCCGCUUGCUUACUUUUAUUCCGACCAGCCGGUCGGGCGCUCCACGCACACUCCAGAUAGCUUUUCAUUGGAUUGGUUUUCAAGGUGGGGUGUGCAUGCGGUUCAAGGAGGCUGCAUGUUGAACCAGGUGGCGAACAUCUUUCAAGGCUGGAAGAACUAGAGGCUCCCCCUCCCCCCAGCCCUCAUCAGUGCGUGCGUGUCUCUCUCUUGUUCCCAAGAAGGGAAAAUACCACAAGGACUAGCCUGACCAUCCAAACGUUUGCAAUCAGGAACGGAUGCAGGGGUCUGUGAAUUGAAUCGUGUAAGUGCUGAAGAAGGAGUCUUGGUUUGAGGAAACAGGAAAGAGGAAGGAAAGAGAAGAAAAUACAUAAGUGUAGGAACGAAAGAGAGAAGAAAAACGGGGACUAUGGGGAGAAAAAAGAUUCAGAUCACGAGGAUUAUGGAUGAACGUAAUAGGCAGGUGACAUUUACAAAGAGGAAAUUUGGGUUAAUGAAGAAGGCUUAUGAGUUGAGUGUUCUGUGUGACUGUGAGAUUGCUCUAAUCAUCUUCAAUAGCACCAACAAACUGUUUCAGUAUGCCAGCACUGAUAUGGACAAGGUGUUGCUGAAGUAUACAGAGUACAAUGAGCCACAUGAGAGCCGAACGAAUUCAGAUAUUGUAGAGACGUUGAGAAAGAAAGGACUUAAUGGCUGUGACAGUCCAGACCCCGAUGCAGACGAUUCAGUAGGUCACAGCCCUGAGUCUGAGGACAAGUACAGAAAAAUUAAUGAAGAUAUUGAUCUAAUGAUCAGCAGGCAAAGAUUAUGUGCUGUUCCACCACCCAACUUUGAGAUGCCAGUUUCUAUCCCAGUGUCCAACCACAACAGCUUGGUAUACAGCAACCCAGUAAGCUCCCUGGGAAAUCCCAACCUUUUGCCUCUGGCCCACCCUUCCUUACAGCGCAAUAGCAUGUCUCCUGGUGUGACACACCGGCCACCAAGUGCAGGUAACACAGGUGGCCUGAUGGGUGGGGAGCUGACAACCGGUGCAGGCACCAGUGCAGGAAACGGGUAUGGCAACCCCCGAAACUCACCAGGUCUGCUGGUCUCACCUGGCAACUUGAACAAGAAUAUGCAAGCAAAGUCUCCUCCUCCCAUGAACUUGGGAAUGAGUAACCGUAAGCCGGAUCUCCGUGUGUUGAUUCCACCCGGCAGCAAGAACACGAUGCCAUCUGUGAAUCAGAGGAUAAAUAACUCCCAGUCUGCUCAGUCAUUGGCUACCCCAGUGGUUUCCGUGGCAACUCCUACUCUGCCAGGGCAAGGAAUGGGAGGGUACCCAUCAGCCAUUUCAACAACAUAUGGUACCGAAUACUCACUGAGUAGUGCUGAUUUGUCAUCACUCUCUGGGUUUAACACAGCCAGUGCUCUCCACCUGGGUUCUGUCACUGGCUGGCAACAGCAACAUCUACAUAAUAUGCCACCAUCUGCCCUCAGUCAGUUGGGAGCUUGCACUAGCACUCAUUUAUCUCAGAAUACAAAUCUCUCCCUGCCUUCUACUCAAAGCCUCAACAUCAAGUCAGAACCUGUUUCUCCUCCUAGAGACCGUACCACCACACCCUCGAGAUACCCACAACACACGCGCCACGAGGCGGGAAGAUCUCCUGUUGACAGCUUGAGCAGCUGUAGUAGCUCGUACGAUGGAAGCGACAGAGAGGAUCACCGGAAUGAAUUCCACUCUCCCAUUGGACUCACCAGACCUUCGCCGGACGAAAGGGAAAGUCCCUCCGUGAAGCGUAUGCGGCUCUCUGAAGGAUGGGCGACAUGAUAACAUUAUUAGCUUUUAGGGUUUUUUUCCUUGCAGUGUGUGUGUGUGUGUGUGUGUGUGUGCACGCGCGCGUGCGCUAUACCUUAAUGGGGAAGAGGGUGGGAGGGAGGGGUCGAUAUGCAUUUAUGUGCUGUGUGUGGGGAGAAAAAGUCAGGUACUCUGUUUUGUAAAAGUACUUUUAAAUUGCCUCAGUAAUACCAUAUUAAGGAUAAACAGCAAUGCUGAGAUAAGCUUCGCACUUCAGUUGUACAACAGAACAUGUGUACAAAAUAGGUUUUAAGGUUAACUUUUCACUGUUGUGCUCCCUUGCAAACUGUAUGUUACAAUAGAUAGUGUCAUGUUGCAGGUUCAACGUUAUUUACAUGUAAAUAGACAAAAAAAAGGAAACAUUUGCCCAUUGUGGCAUAUCUUUACUGAGAGAGAAAGCAGCUGUUGUGCAACAUAUAGAAAAUGUACAGAUGUUUUGGGAGACCCAGAUAUUGGGUGACCAAGAAAAAAGAUGGAAAAUCUAGGUCACCCAAUAUAUCCGAAAUGCUCACAAAUGCCUGGGCAUAUCAUUGGAGUAUGGCACUCACUUAAACAGAUCAAAAGCAUUUAAAAGAGGACCAUACUUGUAAAAAAAAAAUUUUUUUUGUUUGAGGGCUAACCUAUUUAAUUUUUAAAAUCCUGGGUCUGCAUCACUUAUUAAAUACAAAAUAUAAAAAUAUGUAAAUUACAUUCUCCUUAUUUUCAUAUUAAAAAGUAAGACAGAGUUUGCAAAGCAUUGUGGCUUUUUGUAGUCUACUUAAGCCAAAAUGUGUUCUUUUCCCCUUCCAUAGCUUUGCCAAUAUUUUAAACAGCCCUAAAAGAAACAAAGGGAGACUUUUUUGUAUAGAAAGCACUACCGUAAGCCAUGAAGAACUCCAUGCUUUGCUAACCAAGAUAACUGUUUUCUCUUUGAAGAAGUUUGGUUUUUGAAAUGUGUAUUUCUAAUUAUAUAAAAUAUUAAGAAUCUUUUAAAAAAAUCUGUGAAAUUAACAUGCUUGUGUAUAGCUUUCUAAUAUAUAUAAUAAUUAUGGUAAUAGCAGAAGUUUUUGUUAUCUUAAUAGUGGGGGAAUUAUAUUUGUGCAGUUGCACAUUUAAGUAUUUUUUGGUUUUUCUUUUAAUCUACAUACAUUUUACAGAAUCAGUCAGCUGUUGAAGGCUAAUCUGCAAAGAUUAGAAAUUUCCCUUCCAAAGCAGCCCAUUCAUUCUAAUCCAUCUGCAAUCAAUUUGGUGACCCAUUGUAUAUACUGAUUAGUUCUGGCAUACUGGUCUGUGCAUUUGACCAAGGCUCCCUUCUUACCUCAUUUAUAUCUUGAGUAUCUUGUGGCUUCUGCUGAUUUAAAUCAUAACAUGGCUUAUCUUUGACCUCAUCCCAUACAUUCAUCAGAAUUGAUGUCCUUUCCUCAUUUGCUCCAGUGUAUAGCUGGAAGAGAUUUCAUAUUCCCAAGUGCAGAGUGAAGAUGAAAGUCCAUUGAAGAGUCACCCAAACAAUGAUACCCCAAACCAUACCCUUUUUACCCCAAGGUGUAAUUUGAUAACUCAGAGAAGUAGGUGAGUCAAUAUUCAAAUGUAGAGAAUCAAUGCAAUCUUAGACAACAUAAUGGGAGAUAAGAACAGCAAUAUGGUCAAAGUCAUCAGUUCUGAAGCUCAGGGUGAUUAUAAAUUUCAGGUUGCUGCAGUCUUAGGGCUGAUUCACAUGUGCAUAUAUAUUACUUGUAGUGCAGUUCUAUGUAGGGUUAUGCUAGUCUAAACCAACUAAAUUCAGUGGGCAUAGACCAAUGGGCUUACUCUCUACAUAGGAUUGUGUUGUUAGUCACUUAUCAAAUGUUGAACAAUCAAGUGAUUAUUCAUUCUUAGCUGUGUGAACCAUCUACACUGAAAGAUACUGUGUUUGACUUGACAUUAAUAGAUAAUCAUCAGUAGAUAGCUGAUAAAAAUGCAUGUCUAGCCAUACCCAUCCAGGAAAUUUUAGGAGCUGAACUCUACUAUUUUGUUUGAGUAGUUUUGAAGAACUUCAUUCAUAAUAAAAUUUGUGGAUACUAGCUAAAUAUUUCACUUCUCUAAUCCUCUUAAGAUGUCCUUGAAUCCCAGUGAAUGAGAUCAUCAACAUUUUAGUAGAUCUCCAUGUUUUAUUAUCAUUCAGAAGGAACAUUAUUGAACAAUUCUGUUCUGUCUUACUUCCAACCAGGAUAGUCAUUUUGAGUGAAGGAAAAAAAUGAACUUGAGGUAAAGGAUUAAGCACCUCUUCUCCACCUAAUAUACCUCCAUUACUGAUAGAAGCUUCCUAAGGCUGCUUGUCUUCUCAAAAAACUACUAGAAACAUCUAGCUAGUCUGCCCUUAUAGUCACAUAAUUGGUUUCACAAAAGCAACAUUGCAAAAAGUCUCCAUUUAUAAUGCAUUUUCCUCCUCAUAGAACUUGAAAGACAAGCGGUCAGUGGGAUCAUUUCAUAAAAGAGAAAAAGAUGUUGGGAUUCAAUUCUUAUUCUCUAAUUCCAAAUGUGUGAGGGUUCUCUGUGGCCCCUCAGUAAAAAGUGAAAAGCACCUGCACAUGGUGAUUCACUUGUAUCUUUCAUAUAGCUUCACAAGCUUAAGCUCUGGUACUCAAAAGUCCUGGGACUCAACCCUGGUCAGACAUGUAUCAAAUUAAGCGUUACCAAUUUUUGUGAGGUGUAUGGAAUCUGAAAUCUGAGUAAUUCCUCUAGAACAUUUCAGUGCCAAAAGACAGCUAGUGCUGUCUCUGUUCCUGAAAUGAGGAUCUCUGUCUCAUUUAGAGUUAUUGCAAAUAUAAAAAAGAAUGGGAAGUCUAAAGUUAUGGGAUACCUGUUCUUUAUUACCCAUCAAUACAAGCAGAUAGGUGAACAAUGUUUUUCCAGGGUUGCUAAAAGGGUUUACACUAUAAAGUACAAUCACUCUAAUUUGAAAUUGAACGAAGUGAAUGUCCACUGGCAUGUUUAUCUUACAUCUGUGAAAUAUAUCAAGAGUUUUUUCAAGGGUAUGAGGCUUUGGCCAGCCAUCAGGUGGAGUUUACCAUAUUUCUUAUAUUAAUGUUAUGCCACAAUACCUACCUGCAAGUACCUAAUUGCACUGGCAUUAUCACCCAGCAAUCCCAGUUUCUUGGUCUGUGAUUUUGGGCUGGUUCAACAGUUGCUUUGUUUCAUCCUGAGUUUUUAUUGGCUGGCACAGCAAAUCUUAGGAGCAUGCUGAAACAAGGACAUUGUCACAUAUAUUCCUAGUGCAGAAAACAGCUCCAAUAAUGCAUCUAACAGUGACUUGCAAAAGAUGCACAUGCAUUUUUAAAAAGUGAGAACAGGGCCAGUAAUUGACUCCUGAAACCCAAAUGGAGUUUCCAAGAUAGUUCCCUCAUCUUUACACAUCCCAGUACUCAUUCUCCACCUGAGAAUUUUCAACUUCAGUGAAAUAUGCAAAUAUGUCACAAUUGUAGCUUGUCAUUUUUCAAUCAAAAAGAAACAAUCCUCGGUUUAUCUUUGUUAGGUAAUUUGUCAGUGGGACCAGUGAGGUCAGUCUUCUGAGUUAGAACAAUAGCCAUAUGAAUAGUUUACCUUGCAGGUUGCCUGAGCUAAAUAAGAAAAAUUGAAACUUGAGCUUCUGAAAGAGAGUAGAGACAUAAGGAUAAAUAGCCCAUUGCACCUGUUUGUGGAUAGGAGCACUGGAAGCAAGCUCAUACAACUAGGCUAGGUCACAGUUAGGACCUUGGUUUUUGUACAGCCACAGAACUGAAUCACAUGACAAUGGACGCCUGUUUCCCUCCUCUUUCUGCUACUAAACUAGCUCAAGUAUUAGGGGGCAAGGAAGUGAAGGUUAAUUCAUACGUGUAAAUGGAGUAAAUUAAUAAAAGAAGCACAACUUUUAAUUGUGACGUUGCUUUCUAGAAAUUCUAGCUGUCUAUCUUUAGCUGUUCCCUUAACCAUUUGCAAAAGCUACUUUUGGGCUUACUGUGUGAUUUCCUUUAUAUUUAAGCAGUUUGGGGCAGCGCCCCAAAAGAGUAUUCACAUUAACUUUGGUCCAGGCAGUACAAAGUGACAUUAGAUACCUUCAGAGGUGUCUUCUCCCUUUCUUGUUGUCGCUGAUCCUUCUUUGGAAAGGUGUCAUCGAUGAAAUUCUGAAUCCUGAUUGCUGGUGGCGAUGAUAUGAUAUACACAAUCUGCACAAAUUUGUAUAUUGUAUGCAUGGAUGCCUUUCCCGGAGAAGUUUUUUGACUCAUUUCAGUGUUUUUUCAAAGUUGUUUUUUGUAACCAAAUUGUUUCUAUUUUCCCCGGAAGUGGAAUUUAAGAAUUUUUAAUGAUUAAUAUAAAGAUAUCUGCUGUUUCUCAGAGCUUUUUUCAGGUAAAGCUAAAAGCAAGAAUAAAACAACUGCUAUGCUGUUUUCAAGGAUGUCACGAACCCUUAUUUAUUGUUUCCAUUUAUCUUUGCCUAUAUACCCAUCAUCUUAGCAAACAUAACAAUGUGAUUUGGGCCCCCCUUCUUCCAGACGGCAAAUGCUUCGUCACCCCCCCCCCCCCGCGCACAAAGCACUUGAAACCUCAAUAAAGGCUCUUGCCUAAACAUAGCAUACUUCAUCUGCUCCCAUUUUCUGCCAUCUGCAGUGACAUCCUCACUUCUGUGGCCUCCAUUCCCUGCCAUCACACAUCCCUUGAAGGACUGAUGGAACAUUGGUGUCGGUCGAGAAUGCCUCAUUGUCAACAUAAUCACAGGCUUUUGUGCGUAUAUUUUAACCAAAGAUGUGGAGCAAUCCAAGUGCUGAGUUGCAUAUUUUCUGUGUCAAAUUCCCUGCUUGAUUAUCAUCAUAACCAGAUAGUUUGGCUUUACUAGCCCUAUUCAUACCUUCCAACUGACCCAUACCUCGAUUUGAUUCAAAGAGGUCAGCUCAAUGGCAAAGGAAACCAGCAGCAUCAUUGUCCUCUGUGGAGUCACUAAUGCAGGCCCACAUUAAACCUCAAGGCACUUGACUUGGAUUGCUUCAGAUGAUUUGCUUCUGUUACAUUUUUUUUCUGGGGAUUUGUUUUCAUUCAAUCAGUGAUAAUUAAAAACCGUCCUGUAAAUGGAGGCAUACAAGCAUUUUGCAAGAAAUAUUAAAGGCUUACAGCGGCAUAAGCUGGACUUUGUCGCCACUAGAUGAUGAGACAUUAUAACUAAGUUAAAAUCACAUCUGUGUAUCUCAAGGGACAAUUCAGCUGUCUAGUGAACAAAAAAGGGAAAUUUUCAAAUGUUUCUCCUGCUGGAAAUAAGGUAUAAUUUGUAUUUUGCAGCCAAAUCAGUAAAGUUACUGGCUUUCUUAGUGA